AAGGAGCUGGAGAAUGACGUGUUUGUAGAGGGAGAAGAACCAGUGAUGCACCAGCGCAAAUUGUCAUCUAGCUCUGUGUUUAAUGGUGCAGCCUUCAUGUCAUCCAAGUUGAAGAUUAUAGAGGAUUUCAAACGAGACACACACCCUGAUAAAGUGAAUCUUGCUGGGAGAGAGUAUGUUGGAGAGCAAGGACACACCACAUGGCUUCCUCUUGUACGCAAAAUUAAACAGCAAAUUGCCACAGACCCGACUCUAACCCCAGAGUACCCACCCAUCCUUGGAAUCCCAGAAUUCACCAGGAGGGCAACUGAACUUGCAUUAGGCAAAGAUAGCCCCGCCAUUAUUGAAAGCAGGGUGUUUGGCAUCCAAACCGUUGGAUGCACUGGAGCAGUGCGUCUGGGUGCCGAGUUGCUGAGAUCCUGGUACCGUUCAAAUUCUUCCUGGAGUGGACCCAUUUUGCUCCCCAAUACCUGUGAUGAUUCACUGACAGGCACAUUUAAGGCAGCAGGGAUUGAUGAUGUGCAACAUUAUCGGUACUGCAAUGCAGAUUCCAAUGGACUGUGUGUGGAAAACAUGGUGCAAGACUUGGAGAAUGCUCCAGAGCACUGUGUGGUGGUUCUGUUUGUUUCAGGCCACAACCCCACUGGUGCUGAGCUCUCCCAGGAGGACUGGAAACGUGUUGCUGAGGUCAUGGUGAGGUGCCAGUUGUUUCCAUUCUUCUUGAUGACUGGCCAAGGCUUGAGCAGUGGUUCUCUUGAGCAAGAUGCCUGGCCUCUUCACCACUGUGUGUCUUUGGGGCUUGAGCUCCUCUGCGCUCAAUCUUUUUCACACAAUUUUGGCAUUUAUGGUGAGAGAGUGGGGCAUCUUCUCUGCGUAUUAAAGCAGAAUGUGUUGGCUGUACAAUCUCAAGCUGAGAAGCUUGUGCAAACACUUUGGUCCUGCCCACCAAUAGAAGGUGCCAGAGUGGUUGCCACCAUUCUAAGUAACCCUGCUCAUCUGGUAGAGUGGCAGGAGAGUGUGAAGGCCAUGGCUGAACGCUGCAUGCUUAUCCGAGAACAUUUACGUGAGAGACUGAGGCUUUUGGGUGUUCCGGGGUGUUGGGACCACAUAAUAAAACCGGGAGGGUUUUAUUGCUGUUUUGGACUCAGUGUUCAACAGGUUGAGUUUCUGGUUCAGAAGAAGCACAUCUACUUAUUACCAAACGGGUGUUUUAAUAUUAGUGCAAUUAAUAGUCGUAACCUGGACUAUGUUGCUGAAUCCAUCCAUCAAGCCUUGAGUGCUGGACUUUGAUCUCAGAUCAAACUCUUCAUCUGAAAUAUUCUUUUCAUCAUCUUUUUUUUUCAUUGAAUCGACAGUAGGUAUAAUUUACAUGUUCAAACAGGAUUCUCAGCACACAAAAUCUUUUAAUGUUAAGCUUAACUUUUAAUGAAGGCUAUAAUAUAGACAGAGCUGCAAUAGACAGUCCCUGUAACAAACAAUGAGAAAUAAAUGAACACUUCAUUUCACCCACAGCAUUUUGUGAUGGCACCUAUUA